AUGAAGAAUUUUGACGAUAGUUUCUAUAUAUGUGAUUUCGGCGAUCUUGCGAAGAGCCAUAAAAGAUGGAAUGAGUUAUUUCCCAACACGUCUCCAUUUUAUGCAGUGAAAGCCGCUCCAUAUCCACCAAUGAUUAGGUGUUUGUCUGCAAUGGGUGUUGGAUUUGACUGUGCAAGUCAGGAAGAAAUUGAUUUAGUAUUAAACAAUGGAUCAACUCCGGAUUCUAUCAUUUUUGCCAACCCGACAAAAUCAGUCUCACAUAUUAUUCAUGCAAGAGAGAAAGGAGUAAAAAUGUUGGUAUUCGACAGUGAACAGGAACUUCACAAAAUCAAGGAACAUUUCCCAGAUUCAGAGUUGAUUUUACGAAUAAUGGUCGAAAAUCCAAUAGCCGAGCUUCCUCUCUUUGGCAAAUUUGGUGCAACAAUGGAAGAAUCUCGACAUCUUAUCAGCGUUGCACACUUAACCAAGAUGAAGAUAAUAGGAAUAAGCUUUCAUGUUGGUAGUGGAUGCCUUGAUGCAGAUUCAUACGAUGAAACAAUUAAACAAGCAAGAGAACUGUUUGAUUACGGAAAAACAUUUGAAAUGAAUUUUGUUAUUUUGGAUAUUGGAGGAGGCUUUCCUGGACUUUUUGGAUCCGCUUUGUCCAUUGAGAAAGAAAAAGCAGACAAGGAUCGCCAUUAUGCUUUGUUGUGGGGUCCAAGUUGCGGCAGUCGCGCUAUAUCUAUGAGGAUGUUGGUGCCAAAAUUGGACUACGACGACUGGCUAUUUUGGAAAGAUGCCGGAGCUUAUACUUUUGCACGUUCAAGUGGUUUUAACGGAUUCAAAACAACAGCAUUUUACAACAUUGUUUCAACAGAAAAUGAGUUAGCACUGAUUUUAUCCUGA